AUGGCGACUGUUGUAACUGGCAAAUACUGCUUCCUCUGCUCCAGUCAGAAUAUCGUCUAUUUCAACAGCCAUUACAACUUCACACUGGCUGGGACAAAGUCUGCCAUAGAACUUGACAAGGACACAAUAUCCACUCUCCCCACCUUGUCUAACAUCAAGACAAAGGCUCUUGAUACCACCCACGGUCUCCAUUCCACAUUAGUGGAUGGUGCUGUCCCUGAACUUGAGAAACUUGGAUAG